AUCGUUACAGAUAACGCAGUUUCUGUGAAAUCGAAUGUUUUACAAGUGUUUGUUAAUUUAACAAUGUAUACAGUUUAAAUUACAAUUUAUAGGAAACUAAGCCAUAAAGACAAGCGUACCUUCAAUUAAACCAAAGCAGUAAUUUUAAGUGAUGAAGGUAGCUGAAACUCUUGUGUACGUGGCUUGGUGCAACUGACGAUCUGGAAUACAAUACUUUGAGAUUACUGUUUUUUAUGUUUGACCGCAUAUUGUAUUCUGGAGUGGCCUACAUUUCGGGAGAGGCUCAGAAAUGUAUUCGUUCCACCGCCGCUGGAAACAAACUUUAUUUACAUGAUUGAAAUUACACUGUGAAACCAGCUUUGUGUUGUGGCGUAUAACUAAUUAAAACUUUGCUUUAAAUGAGAAACUCGUUGAAUGACAUUGAAAGUGUUUGAGUACUAGUUAUUGGGAUGUAUUUAAAUACGGUUUGCAACCACUAAAAAAAAAAAAAAAAAAACUUAGAAAAGGGGCUGUUUAAAAUGGCCCUCGACAAGCCAAAAAAUAUUACCGUCCAUUAAGUACUGGGGCAUUUAUUGUUCAUUUUACCCAGUCGGACCCUGUAUAUUCACACUUUUAUAAGAAAAUUAGCAUACAGAUCGAUUCAUGGAACUGGACAUUUUUACUUCAUUUGCAUUUUAGUAUGUUGGCCAAUGGAUGCGCUGUGGGGCGGGGCUAAAUUUAUCAGGUAUAGCUAAACAAAUUCACCUGGUUUGGAUGAUUAUGUCAUAGAUUAGAGAUUGAACCUGUUGCAGCGUUUAUACACAAAGGAAAAGGAUAUUAUUAUUAUUAUUAUUAGGGUUCGUUUGAUUGUUUGUUGUGUGUCUUUGGACGUGCAACCUUUGGCGAUUAUUUUCAAAAACGACCACCCGUGUUUAUAAUGUGUUUUUAGUUUUGGUUUGGAAACGUUUUUUAAGGAGUUUUGGAAAUCUAUUGUCCGAAGAUGACAGAGGCUUCUCAAGUCACGAAUCACAGUUGUAUUAAUGGUUCCCUUGUUACUUUGUCUUGCCCGUCACGGCAAGUUGUGUGCAGAAUUGUGAAUGAGAUUGAUUUAACCAUCUCUCUCAACAACUUGUCGUUGAACAUGCCUGCUUCAGAGCAGAAGUGGCGGAGUUACGAGUUCUACAUUGGCUUGACCAUGGCCAUCUUUUCCUCUUUUCUAAUCGGAGGCAGUGUCAUCCUGAAGAAGAGAGCUCUGCUCAGACUGGCUCAGACCGGAGGCACCCGAGCAGGUGAGGGAGGUCAUGGUUACCUGAAGGACUGGAUGUGGUGGGCAGGUUUACUGACAAUGGGUGGUGGUGAAGUUUCGAAUUUUGCAGCUUAUAUCUUUGCACCUGCAACAGUAGUGACUCCUCUAGGGGCUCUAAGUGUACUUAUAGGUGCAAUACUGUCUUCCUACUUCCUAAAUGAGAAGCUUAACAUGCUGGGGAAGGUGGGGUGUGUGUUGAGCAUUCUGGGAAGCACAGUUAUGGUGAUUCAUGCUCCAGAAGAGGAGGAAGUGAAAACUUUGGAUGAAAUGGCUCAAAAAAUUCUGCAACCAGGAUUCCUCUUUUUUGCCAGCCUCCUGUUAGUCGCAAGUUUGGUGCUGAUAUUUUAUUUGUCCCCGCGCUAUGGACAUACCAACGUCUUGAUCUACAUUGCUAUCUGCUCCUUGAUUGGAGCGUUCUCUGUGUCAUCUGUCAAAGGACUGGGCAUCGCCAUAAAGGGCCUGUUCGGGAGCAGGCCUGAGUGGAAACAUCCUCUUUCCUACAUCCUCAUCGUCACGCUGGUAGCGUCUAUCAUCACUCAGGUCAACUACCUCAACAAGGCCUUGGAUGUCUUUAACACUUCAGUGGUCUAUCCCAUCUACUAUGUCUUUUUUACCACAGUGGUCCUUUCAACCUCUGUAAUUCUCUUCAAAGAGUGGUAUUCCAUGUUCCCUGUUGACAUCGUGGGAACGCUAUGCGGUUUCCUGACUAUUAUCACAGGGGUGUUCAUGUUGCAUACAUUUAAAGACAUGAAGCUCAAUAUAGAUACCCUUCCACAGGUUAUUCAGCCAAAACAAGAGGAGCAUCCUGUGGCUGAAAUCGUGAGAUUUGAUGACAAGCAGAUUCUUAUCGACAGUAUGGAGAACUCUGUGUUUUCUGAACAGAAGCCGAAACUGUUUGUGAUCUGCAGUUAAAUGAUCGAAUGUGUGUAUGUACUGUAUAUAUUUUAAUAUAGUGAUGUAUUUAUUAAAGGUUGUUUUUUUUUUGUUUUUUUUUGCCCACGGUUAUAGUGCUAGAUGAAAUGGCUUGUACUAAUGCAGUAUUGAACUAAAAAACUUUUUUUUUUUUUUUUAAGUUCAGGCACUGUUUUGGUACAAUUCUACAUACUGCUUGUGCCAUUGAUGGGGGUUAGGCCACCAAGCAUCUUGAUGUGCGAGAGGAGAAAUAUUUCACAUCUCUGUAAAACCAGUACAGUAGACAAUCUCAGUAUUGCCAGGACUGUAUUGUUUUAAUCUUUCUAGGACCUUGGUGUUCCUUGUUCUGUAGAAUAUUCCUGACUUUUUUGGAGUUGUGUUGGGUAUGCUGACAGUCCCACACAGAUCAUUUUCAUGUUUGAUAAAAAAAAAAAGAAGAAAAAAAAAAAAAAGCUUGUUUCCUGUUUUUUGACUGGGAGUAGCCAUUGCUUGCGCAUUCCAGUCAACCAGAGCACUUAAAAUUCAAUUCUGAAUAAUGACUUUCUUUUCGUCAAAUGAUGCAAGAGGAUGGUCUUGGUGGCCAGUUAGGGCAGUGGGGUCUGUGUUAUGUUUCUUGUCUUUUGAUGUGUAACAGUAAAACAAGAAUAAAAAUCUAUUUUGUUUGUGAACAAAAACGAUGCCUACCCCUUCUUUUGAGCCAAGUAUUACCAAUGGCAGCGGACAACUUGCAUGCAAAAUAGAUCAUGUAUGAGUUUUCACAUGAAACCUAAUCUAAAGAUAUGGUUAAGAGCGCCUAUAGAAGCCUUAGUAUUCAAAUUCUGUAAGCAAAUCUGGUAAUUUACAAGGGAUACAAAUUUGAGAAUUCUUUCUGAUCGAACUGAUUUUCUUUGUUUUUUUUUUUUUUUUUUCUUAAUUCUCUUUAAGAUCAUUUUAAAAAGACUCUGUUCAGCCCAUGGCUUGAAUUUGAAUGAAAUCUGUCCCACAAUUGAUAAUAAUUUUACAGCAAGGUAUGAUUCCUUUUGAUGUUUGUUUCCAAUGUUAAUCCACAGUUUAGCCUUCUGUGUACUCUAUCGGGUUACAGUCUAGUUUGUUUACGUUACCAUGAGAUUUUUAUUGUAGUCCUGCUACAGGAGGUUCUAUUGAGUGUUACUUGACGGUUUAAAAUGAUUGUGUGUGGAAGUAUAUAAUGUUCUUUGAGCUUCAUAGUCUAGCAGAGGAAGCCAAACAGAUUGUUAGAUUGUUUACUUGUUUAAUUUGAUGUCCUCAUAAAACAGGCAAUUACAAUUGCCUGUUAUUAAUGUGUAUUUUAAAUAUAUAAAUAGUAAUACAAAAUAAUAAUAAUAAUAAAAAAAACAAUGUGAAGCAUGACACCAUAUCUAUGUGCUUCUCUUUGUUUGCUUUGUGGGUACACAAAGAAAUGCCCUUUGCCUUUUGUGGUAUUCAUCUGGCAGCUGGUUCUGGGUGAGCUCUGCAUAUCUUUGGGUAUUGCACCAUUAGGUUGAGGGUACAGGUCCUGCAAUUUAAAUGUGUAAAUGUAAUUCUCACUGUUGCUGGAGGAGACUAAACGAUUU